GGAAGACGGGAGAGAGAAAGGGAAGUGGACACGGGAGAGAGAAAGGGAAGCAGACACGGCAGGCGGUGACACCACCGUGGCUGAAACUGGGGAGAAAGAAGAGCAGCAAAGUUCCCUGCCCACCCUGACACCCGCCCUCCCGGACAGCGCGCCUCAUUUCAUAACUGGCUGACUGUCUGGCCCGGUGGCCUCCAGCCCAGCUGGACCCUGGCUGUGUGGCGCAGAGCCGAGGGCCCCAGACUCCCAGCUGCUUUGCGCCAGGUGCCGUCAGCAAGCAGGAUUUGGGUGUCUCCACCAUCUGAGCCCGGGGAGUCGCCGCCCGCCGAGGGAUGAGGACGCGACGGCCGGGCGGGACGCGCUUGCUGCCUCCGCGGCCCCGAGCGCGCAGCGCCCAGGAGCCGGGCCGGGCCUGACACCCUGUCCUCUCCCCUCGCGCACAGGGCUCCGCCAGUGACCCGCCGCCAGCGCCCGCCGCAUGGAGCGGCUGCAGAAGCAACCACUCACCUCCCCCGGGAGCGUCAGCUCCCCCCGAGACUCCGGUGAGCCCGGCUCUCCCUCCAGCAUCGUGGCCAAGAUGGACAACCAGGUGCUGGGCUACAAGGACCUGGCCGCCAUCCCCAAGGACAAGGCCAUCCUGGACAUCGAGCGGCCGGACCUCAUGAUCUAUGAGCCCCACUUCACCUAUUCCCUCCUGGAACACGUGGAGCUGCCCAGGAGCCGGGAGCGCUCGCUGUCACCCAGAUCCACGUCCCCACCACCAUCCCCAGAGGUGUGGGCAGAGAGCCGGACCCCUGCAAUCUUCUCCCAGGCUCCGGCCCCAAGAACCACUGGAACCCCCCGGACCAGCCUGCCCCAUUUCCACCACCCUGAGACCUCCCGCCCGGAUUCCAACAUCUACAAGAAGCCCCCCAUCUACAAGCAGAGAGAGUCCGUGGGAGGCAGCCCUCAGAGCAAGCACCUCAUCGAGGACCUCAUCAUCGAGUCGUCUAAGUUCCCCGCGGCCCAGCCCCCCGACCCCAACCAGCCUGCUAAGAUCGAAACUGACUACUGGCCGUGUCCCCCUUCUCUGGCGGUCGUGGAGACAGAAUGGAGGAAGCGGAAGGCAUCUCGGAGGGGUGCGGAGGAAGAGGAAGAGGAGGAAGAUGAUGACUCUGGAGAGGAGAUGAAGGCUCUCAGGGAACGUCAGAAAGAGGAACUCAGUAAGGUUACUUCCAACCUGGGAAAGAUGAUCUUGAAAGAAGAGAUGGAAAAGUCAUUGCCUAUCCGAAGGAAAACCCGCUCCCUGCCCGACCGGACACCCUUCCACACCUCAUUGCACGCGGGAACCUCCAAGUCUUCCUCUCUGCCCGCCUAUGGCAGGACCACCCUGAGCCGGCUACAGUCCACAGAGUUCAGCCCGUCAGGGAGUGAGACUGGAAGCCCAGGCCUGCAGAACGGAGAGGGCCAGAGGGGGAGGAUGGACCGGGGGAACUCCCUGCCCUGUGUGCUGGAGCAGAAGAUAUAUCCCUAUGAGAUGCUGGUGGUGACCAACAAGGGGCGCACCAAGUUGCCUCCAGGUGUGGACCGGAUGAGGCUGGAGAGGCACCUAUCCGCCGAGGACUUCUCGCGGGUGUUCGCCAUGUCUCCCGAAGAGUUCGGCAAGCUGGCUCUGUGGAAGCGGAACGAGCUCAAGAAGAAGGCCUCUCUCUUCUGAUGGCCCUUCCGUGACCGACCCCUCACCCCUGCUGCUUGGGACACUGGAGCUGGGGUCACAAGACCCCACAGCAUCCUCUUCCCCUGGUGAACCAGGAGGCGGAGGGGCCCCUGUGGGCCUGGCCGCUGGGCCCGGACUUUCCCGGCCACGAGUAGCCAGGCGGCCGCCUCCUCUCUCCCUGGUCCUCCCAGCACAGGGCAAACCCAGGCGGGGCUCCAGCACACGCAGAGUUCACGUUUGCGCCUCUCCCUGCCCCUCACCCCCACAUGAAGGUCCCCAGCAGAGGGUGAGGAGAAAUGAAGGGGCAUUGGUGGUCAGGCCCGGCGCCAUCUUGCGCAGUGGGUGGAAGCGGCCAGGCAGGAGAACUCCAGGCCCCUGUGUGAGCCCACCCAGCUUCCCCCACUCCCUCCUGUCAGCUUCCCUGCACCUGGGCUUCCUGCUUCUCUGACUCUGGAGGGAGCAGCCUCCAGCUGGCCUCCAGCAGGGAGGCUGCCCUGCCCUCUGCUCGCAACCCAGAGCUUUGAAGCCUCUUGCUCCAGCCCCGUGGCUUCCCCAGAAGCCUUGGCUUAGAGGGGGAUGCCGCGUGUACACAGCCCCAGCCCACCGCCGCCUCCAGGCCACGUCAGCAGGAAUCCCACCUUCUAGUGCACGCCAGGUACCGGGCAGAAGCCAGGCCUUCAGCCUCCCUUGGAUGGGGUCCAGAGGCCAGGCGUGGCACGUUCCUGAGUGUCCUGGCUACCAGCUCCCACUCGUACCCAUGCACCCCCCACUAUGCUCUCUAAAGAAUGUAUUUAUUGGGGCCCCCCCAGCUGCUUUCCUCACCUAACUCUCUGCCCUACCUUAGUCACACUCCCAGCUCUACUUCUCUCCAAGUACACGUGUAUAUAAUUAUAUCUAUAUUUUUGCCCAGGUCCGGGUUUUGUUCCCGCCCAGACCCUGGCAUCCCUUUCCACUGUGUGUGUGAUAAUGCUGGGGGAGGGGGACUCUGCUUGGAAUUAAAAGGUUGCAUUGGGUCCCUAAA